AAUCUCUCAACAUUAUUCCCACAUGAAAUUGUCACUUGGGCGCGUUCGGUCGAUGCGAGAAAGAGGGUUGUUUUCGUGGAGGGAUUUUUGUUUGAAUUGAAUUUGCUAGCAAAAGUCUAUACGUGAUAAACGCGAGCUACGAAAAUCAUGUAUACGGUAUCAAAAGGACCUAGUAAAUUGGUGGCAAAAACUAGACGAGGAAUACCACAAAACUACGAAAAAUACGAAUUGUUUCGUGAUCUGGGCCGGAAGGAAUGUGAAUUUACGAGUGAAUUCAGUGUGCCUCGACCCGUAUUUCAAGCGUCCACAAAAUCUGCUGCAGUACAAUAUCUGAAGGCACAGCAGCAGCAACAGCAGCAAUCAUAUGAACAGAAUGUUAGCCCACAGCAUGAGGAGCUCAUCAAAUACAUCAAUGAUUCAUGGAAUAUGGUCGUAGCAGCUAAUCCUUACGAUGUACCUGGUUCACCUGACAGUACGGGAUCGAAUUGCUCGCUAUCUUCCAACAGCAGUACAUCCUCCGUAUCGUCAACAUCAAGCACAUCGACAGUGUAUUAUAAUGAACCACCCAACCCGCUGCUAGUCGAUUUCAAACCAUUCGACCUCGAGACCUGGUGGGGGAAAAGAAUAUUCAACAACAUUACUAAAAGUCUGUGAACUUACCUCCACUGCUUACCAUAAUCCGUUGUAUUUUAAGCGUUUAAACCAAUACCCAAAUAGUGAUCAGAGACUGUCUCAUGGCGCAAAAGUUGUCGUUGAAUCGUUGGCUUUAAAGAGACAUUUGCGAUAAGUAAGCGUACGCAGAUACAGGAGGUUUGCUUGUGGUUGGGUAGCAAAUAUCGGUGGGGAAAAUACUGGAAUCAUUGUUCAUCGCCUGUACUCACGUUACAUACCUGUUCUGUUAGCCUUUGUUAUGUGUUUUUUUUUUGGCAAAAUGUUUCGUUUCGAAAAUGUGCAAUUGAAACCCAGUCUAGAUCUUACUGUGUAGUUCCUAUCAAAGAAAUGUAUUCAUACGUUUUUGUCAUGCAUCAUGAUCAUUUAUUAGUGUAUAGCGAAUACGAAAUGGGAAACCAGUUCAGCUAAUUGGCUUGCGAAUAUUGUAACUAUUAUUAAUACUUAGUCAGCAGUAGUCACGGGCGCAUAUUUCCGUCAGCUUAUUCAUUCAGUUGAUAUUAUUUCGAGUGAACAAGUUUUGUCGCAAUGUGCAAUGUAAAACCUAUACGAACAAGCCAGUUAUUAUAAAUUUCCUCUCAAAGCGCAGACUUGUCUCAGUUAUCCAAGCAUGAAUUUAUAGUUCAAUUAAACUUUGUAAACAUUAUUUUGUUUAGAUCCAUUUUAGAUGUUUUGUUGAUUAAUUCUUGCGAUUACAAAUAUUUGGAAAGUGCUUUAAAUGAUGAAAAAGGAAACAUUUAACAAGUUAGGUUAACAAAAGGGGUAUGAUAAUCAUUAUUCCGGAUAGUCUGAUAUGGGUAACUGAGAAAAGUUUGUAAAGAGAAACAAAAAAAAAGAAAAAGCUGAAGGAAUUGCUGGUCGAUAAGCGGUUGUGUCGAUUUUGGACAAGUGGGGUAGUUGCAAUAGAUAAAAACAGAUGUGGCGUAAUGCAUAUACAACGCUGCAAGCAAUUGUGUUCGUUAAGCCAACUGCGGAAAAUAUGAAAAUAUAGAAUCACCAUAUUUGAUAUAA